AUGUCGAGAAGUUUUUUAAUGGAUUCCCUUUUGGGAAACACAGGAAAAGAAAUGUCGACGAAAUAUAUCCCGCAAUUUCCUCAGUGCGUUAGUGAUCCAAGACCGAUGCUUCCAUACUCUUCCAACUACAUAAACAGUUACUUAUUUUCAUUGAGUUUGGCUCAGCAACAACAACAGCAUUUGAUGCAGAUGCAGCAGAUAAAUCAACAUAAAGUGCCUUUGCGACCAGUGCCUUCGAUUCCCCGGAUUGUUCCUCCGAUAUUGCACCAACCAUUAUCGCCUCCAUCUCUGACUUCAAGUCCAGUUCAUCCAGGAAGUGGUCAUUCGUCGCCUACAUUGAAAACAUCUCCUACCCACAGUCGAGAUUCUACACCAAGUCCACCGUCUACCCCCGGAAAAUCGACUCACGAUAAACUGUCAUUGAGAGAUUCUUCGAGUAAAAGAAUUAGAACAGCAUUUACUUCGACGCAACUGUUAGAACUUGAACGAGAAUUCUCCGCUAAUAUGUACCUUUCAAGAUUAAGAAGGAUUGAAAUCGCCACGUGCCUUCAAUUGUCUGAGAAGCAAGUUAAGAUUUGGUUCCAGAAUAGAAGAGUUAAAUACAAGAAAGAAGACUUACCUACUGCACUAGGAGGUCUACCCGCAACAAAAUGCAACUGUUUAAGAAGCUGCUCGAGUCACAGGAAGAACAGUAAGGGUUCCAGCUCAAGUUGUGAGGAAGCUGACAUCGAUGUCACUAAUUUGGAUGAGAAUGAUAGUUUUAACUAA